AUGAGUACAGCAACCCAAACUAUCACUGCAUCUCCAGCAGCAGUAGCAACAACAACAACAAUCACAACACCACCAACAGGAGCAUUCUUUCAACCAUUCAUUGGCAAUCGCGUUAAACCAACAUACCCAUUAAGACAAGUCCAACGCAUUAGAAAACAAAUAUCAUCUACGUUAAAUAGACAUACAGGUGGCGACCAAGAACUACAAUCAGAGGUUCUAAGAAGUUUCAGCAUAUCUAAACAUGGAAGAGGUAUCAAGAUGUUGCUCGAUCCCAAAGGAGAAAAGAUCUACAACGAUGGUACAGUUUUUAUGGCUACAAGAGAUUAUAGUUGUCUCAACAUCAUUAGAAAGAUGCACAAGGAAGCAAAAGAUGGGAAAAAGAAUCAUUUUACAAAAACACAAAUAUUAUCAUCGGUAUCACCUUUUCAUACUGCUUCACAACUAAGAGAUUUUGAUAAUGAAAAGAUCUAUCGAUUGAAUUCUUUUUUUGGUGUGUUAGUGAUUAAAUCUAAAGUAUUAUUAAAUCUUAUAUUAUCAUUCAUACCAAUAAUCAAUCAACUAUCAUUGCUAUACUCUCAAAAAUAUCAGUUUCUAUUAUAUAAAUCUAUAUCUUUAUUAAAGUACAGUGAUCAUGUUGGAGCUUGUUACAAGACUAAAAGUAGUCAUCAUUACGAUGACGAUCAAAAAUACAUAGAACUAAAAAGAUUGCAACAACAAAGAUCAUUUGUUUUGUUUAGAGAUAAACUAUUGAAUGAUCGACGGUUUGUAGUCUAUUUCAGAGCAAUGCCAGUAAUACUGAGGAAUUGUAAAGAUGUCACAUUGUUACAAAGACUGCAUCAACAGUAUCCUCACUAUUUUAAUUUGCCACUCACUAAACCACCACCUGAAAAGUCAAGUAGUGGUAGUAGAAGUAAUAGAUCAGUUCCAAGAGUGGGAACAGCGUCAACUACAACAUUGGGUGAUUGUAUUGGAUCAAAGAGUUGGGUCAUUGACAAUGUGGCUGCAAGUGGUAGUUUGGCAUGUUUGGUCUAUACAAUUGAAAGUAUUGGUAUUGAACCUACUACCAUGACACUCGAGAUGGCUUGCGAGUAUGGUCAAUUAUCAAUACUCGGCUUUAUUCAAGAAAACUAUCCAUCGUUGCCAAUUGGUAGAGCAUUUGAAUUGGCCACCUACAAUGCACAUCCCUCCAUUGUACAAUUUCUAUUAGAGAAUAAAACAGACGAGUCAUUCAGCUCUGUUUCUCUUGUCAAUGCUGCAAGAAAUCAAAACAAAGAGAAUAAUCUAAAGAUUUGUACACUGCUCUUUGAAUAUUCUAAAACGAGACACGGUGGUAGUGAAGAAGGAGAUAGAUUUGGUUUGGUUGAUAAUUCAGUCAUGUCUGGGUCAUUGGAGAUUGUUAAGUUGUUUCAUAGUCAUUAUGGUCAUUCAAAGAAUGCACUUGACAUGGCUGCCGAACUAGGGUAUUUGGAUAUAGUUAUGUAUCUCGAUCAAGUUGGAGCACCUGCAUCUACGAGUGCAAUGGAUUAUAGUGCAAAGAAUGGACACUUGGAUGUAGUAAAAUACCUAAAAGAACAUAGAAAGGAAGGGUGUUCACCAGACAUAUUGAAAAAGACAUUGGUUGGUGGAUCUAUUGAUGUUUUUAAAUACCUUUAUUUUAACGUACUUGGUGGUGAAGGAGGUAGUGUUGGGACGGUUGAUUUAGCAUCGUAUAUUAGUAAUGUCACAAGUGGAAACAUUCCACUCUUACAAUUUAUAAGAGAGUGUUGUAUGUUGACACAACCACCACCCACCAACUUGUUGUCACAAGUAAUCACUCGUGGACAAGGCGAUCGUUUUGCCAUGGCAAAAUACCUCAUCGAGAGUGAGAUGGUGGUUCAGCCAGAUCAUCCAGAUUAUGUCUACGAACAAUCAUUAAUCAUGCAAGGAUUGGUUAGACGUGGUCCACUAUCACUAUUUCUCUAUCUAGUAGUAGAUACGUUUAAAAUCGACUUGACCAACAAACCAUUGUCAGAGGAUAUUUGGGAGCAACUAAAAAGAGAGUAUGAUGGUCAAGUACUGGUUUAUAUGCUCCAACAAAACAAGCAUCAUUUAGAGGUGGUGCAUUACAACGAUAUUCUUAUCAACGGUAAUCCCCCCUACUUGCAAGUACUAGAGUAUAUUUGGGAGGUGUGUCCAGAUGCAUACUCAUACUCGCCGUAUACAAGUCGACUUGCCAACCGAGUGUGCACACUCGAUCAAAAACAACAACGUAUCGAUAUUUUCAAAUUCCUCCAUCGCAAUCAACUUGUCAGUCAGUUCACCCUACCAAAACUAAUUUCCCAAACGCUUCAACAUGAUGGUGAUUUUGUCUGUGCAAUUCUAUUACACUCUUUUAUCGAAGAGGAGGAGGAGGAGGAGGAUAAGAGUAGUAGAAUAGUGGUAGAAAAGUUAUUUGAAGAUGCUGCCAAUAAGGGGUCACUUGAAAUGAUACGAUUUCUGGUCAACCGGUACCCACAACAUAUAAUCUUUGAAUAUAAAAGACACGAUGCGUUGUGUCUAGCUGCGAAGCAUGGACACUUUGAAAUUGUCGAUUAUUUGAUCAACAACCAAAUUCACCCUCCUCUUGACAUACUGUCUCGGUCACUAUUACAAGAUUCAAAUAUCAUUGAUUGUGCAGCACAAUCCAACAAAUUAGAGAUACUUGCCCAUGUUGUUGGAAAAUUUCCGAGUAUCCUACCAACACACCGUUCAUUAAUUGGGACCAGUCUUGAUGUUCCACAAUACCUAGCCAAUCACUAUAACCUAGAUGACCUAAUCCUAUCAUGUAAAGGUGAAUCUAAUUAUUUUAUUUUAUUAAGAAAUGCAAAAAAUGAUUUAAUUAAUCAAAAUCAAAAUAAUCAAAAUAACAAUCAAAAUAAUAAUAAUAAUAAUAAUAAUAAUAAUAGGAAUAGUGAUAACAUACCAACAUCAACAUCAAAAUCUUUUGGACUCUUAAACAUAUUUAAAAGUGUAUUUAAGAAAUAUUAG